CAGCCGCGGCUUUCCGCAGGAGCGGCGACUCAGCAGGCGGGAGGAACCAUGGCGUCGCUUCCUGCGGGAGUCGCGGCGAAAGACCCAUAGAUAGCCCCCGGUGACCAGGGGCUGAAGCAAAGCAGGGACCCGGACCUGCGCACGAGGCCUUGGGCUUGAGAGUAGAAAGGCUUCGGCUGACAGCUAGGAAGAGGCCAUCUGCUCUCCACUACCUUACUGAUAAGUGACCAGCUGGCUGGCAUGGAAAACUGGAAUAAGUACCUGCACCUCCAAAGCAGCCUUUAGAUAUUGAAGAUGCUGGAUGUCGGGAAAUGGCCAGUAUUUGCUCUCCGCUCUCAAGAGGAGCUGAAGUUAAUUCGUCAGAUUUGUGUAUUUGGCAGCGCUGGCAAUGAAGUUCUUUAUGCGACGGAAAAUGAUGAGGUUUUUGCAUUAGGCACUAACUGCAGUGGCUGUUUGGGAACUGGUGACGUACAGAGCAGCAUCGAACCUCGAAGAUUAGAUAUUUUAUGUGGCAAAAAAUUAGCUUGUCUCAGCUAUGGAAGUGGCCCUCAUGUUGUUCUGGCUACUACUGAAGGAGAAGUAUAUGCUUGGGGUCAUAAUGCUUACGGUCAGCUGGGAAAUGGAACAACCAGUCAUAGUUACAUUCCUUGCUUAAUCUCCACCAACUUGGUAAACAAAAAAGUCAUUGAAGUUACCUGUGGCUCACAUCAUUCAAUGGUAUUGACUGCUGAUGGUGCGGUGAGAAGAAUUAUUGUGUAUUCAUGGGGUUAUAAUAACUCAGGACAAAUUGGAUCUGGCUCAACAGCCAAUCAGCCUAUUCCUCGAAGAGUUACUGGCUGCUUACAAGAUAAGAUAGCAAUUAACAUUGCUUGUGGUCAGAUGUGCUCAAUGGCUGUGGUAGAAAAUGGUGAGGUUUAUGUUUGGGGUUAUAAUGGUAAUGGUCAGCUUGGAUUGGGCAAUGGUGGCAAUCAGCCGACACCAUGCAGAAUAGCAGCUUUACAAGGCAUCCAUGUGCAAAGGAUUGCCUGCGGCUAUGCACAUACACUAGUUUUAACAGAUGAAGGCCAUGUCUAUGCCUGGGGAGCCAAUUCUUAUGGCCAGCUGGGAACUGGCAAUAGGAGUAACCAAUCAUACCCUGUGCCGGUCACAGUAGAUCAAGACAGAAUUGUAGAGAUUGCAGCAUGUCACUCUACUCAUACCUCUGCUGCUAAAACCCAGGGUAGCCAAGUGUACAUGUGGGGUCAGUGCCGGGGACAGUCUGUCACUCUUCCAUUCCUUACCCACUUCUGCUGCACUGAUGAUGUGUUUGCUUGUUUUGCUACUCCUGCAGUGACAUGGCGUCUCCUUUCAAUAGAACCUGACGAUCACUUAACAGUAGCUCAAUCAAUAAAGAAGGAGUUUGAUAACCCAGAUAAUGCUGAUUUGAGGUUUCAAAUAGAUGGAAAAUACAUUUAUGUUCAUAAAGUCCUCCUCAAAAUUAGGUGUGAGCAUUUCCAUUCAAUACUAAACAACAAUAAUGAAGAAAUUAUAGAAAUAAGUGAAUUCUCAUACCCUGUUUACCGAGCAUUUCUGGAAUAUCUUUAUACGGAUAGCAUCAGUCUCCCUCCUGAGGAUGCAGUAGGCCUGUUGGACUUGGCAAGCUUUUAUAGAGAAAACCGACUAAAGAAGCUUUGCCAGCAAACAAUUAAGCAGGGCAUUUCUGAAGAGAAUGCAAUUGCCCUUCUGUCAACUGCAGUCAAGUAUGAAGCAAAGGAGUUAGAGGAAUUUUGCUUCCGGUUUUGCAUCAACCAUCUGACAGUCGUUACUCAGUCUCCAGGUUUUGCAGAAAUGGACCAUGACCUCAUGAAGAACUUCAUAAGCAAAGCCAGUCGAGUUGGAGCAUUUAAAAACUGAAGGAAAACCCUUGCCUGAUAAUGAAGAAAGGUAUUUUCAUUACCAUUACUUGUAUUUCUGAAUCUUAAGUGCUGAGAUAAUUUCUUCAUACGAGGAACCUCUCUCACUUAAGCUAGUGUUAAUGCACUCAGUUUGCAGAGACUAGGCUUCACAAAUUGAGUGGGCAUGCAGCAGGAUUCAUACCUCUAUUAAAAAAACACUAGCAACUAACUUUCCUCCAAAUGUUAUUAAGGUUUCUUUUUCAUUAAUAUUCUUCUUUGAAAAAUAUCUGGAAACUGUUCUUUGACAGCUUUAAUUUGGAAACAGGUUAGCUGUGACUGCUGAAGUUGCAUUAAUACCAUGCAGUAAAGUAAAAAAUGCUCUGAAAAACAACCUAAGUAGAUAUGUAUUGCUUAGUAUUUCUGGUGAAGUAAACUAGGAAAUGAAAACAGUGAACUGUCAUCUUUAUGUGCUAACAUGCUUAUGGAAUUCCUGUAUUGCUGCUUUGACAUAAAAAGAAAUUGGCCUUAGUUUAAACAUGGAGAAAAAUAUGUUGUUGCCAUUAGUUGAAGGAGUAAAGCUUUAUUUGUGGUCAGAAAGUUUAAUUAAUAAAUAAAUAAAUAAGCCAUUUAUCAGCAGGCUGAGUAUAUCUUUUCGGCCAUAUCUAGGAUCUCCACAAGUGACUCUGUAGCUGUCUCUCUCAAGUUAUUGUCACUGAGUCAGAUUCAAAAUUCCUAACUGCCCUGAUAAGUGACUUGAAUAAGCUGUAUUCUAAAUUAGCUGUAUGUGAAUUUUGUAAGGAAACUUGUUAUGCCUAGAGAAAACCAACUUCUCAAACUCAGUGCCGAAGAUCUGAUACUCUUAUGCAAGAUGGUUCCAAAAAACGAAGGAACAGACCGCCACUGCCCUUAAUUAGAAUCCUUUCUACAUUUGUUCUACUUUGCUAGCCCUGAAACAACAAGGAGCAGCUUGGACUAUUUUAAUAGAAUAGUGCAAGCAUUGCAGCCAGCCUUAACCACCAGGAGCCCACAGAGAACUUACAGUACUAUUCACGGCUGAAAGGCCUGGUUUGAUAUAGAUUUCAUAAGCACAAAGAGUUCAUCAACACAUACCAAACGUAGAGGCCAUCUAUCAUCCUUCCCUCUGCAGAGCCUCAUGAUUGUUUGAUUACGUGCCAUCAAGUCAUUUUUUACUCUUAAUAGUCCUCAACCUACAACCAUUCGUUCAGCAACCAUUUA